GCUGAAAUUGUGACACACCAACGUUAUUUUGCAACUAUACACGGGAGAACAUGUUCUGUCUUUAAAAGACACCUCCUGUUGCAAGAGCUUAUCCCCUUCUGAGGCCACAGGAAGAACGUAAUAGAUGUCUUAAGGCGUUGAAUAGUCAAACCCAACAGCUCUUCUCUUAUUGGACCAACCGACACAGAGAGCCGACAAUGGAGACAAUCACGCACGCUAUGCCACUUCAAAGCAUCUGCCACCACUAACUAGGCCAAUCGUAUCAUGUCCUAGAUGUGACUCAUACUAUGAGAUAUUAAACUAUGGUGAUUUUCUUAGAAUUGAUGUGAAGAAUGAAGUAAAAAGAUUCUAAAAUAGAAUUGCUGCCUUCGAAAGGGGCAUCUUCCAAGUCACUUUCCCUACGAGCAGAGCCAAUAAGAUGCUCGUCAGGGUAAUAAAUAAACACAGGACGUGAAAGAUUCAAGAGAUCAUGAUGAAUGUGUUGGCACUUUUCUAUUGAAGCAACAGUUCUUGUUUUUUAUCGUUUUGUUUUCUUCCUCAAAAGCGUGCAAGGGGAAGUGACAUGACUUGUGGCAACCCCUUAAAUCGUUGGACUUUGAGGCUGGUAGGACUAUUGCUGCAGACAGUCUGAGAGUGGUGAGUGCUCACUGAACAUCCGGAGUGCAACCGGGGGUCGGUUUAACACUGUGGAGCUAGCUACUCAGCGGUGAUUCACCGGUAAAAGGUAGGCUGAGAAUGAUUAUAAUGAAUGUUGCUGAAGGUCUUUGUUUUAAAAUGAGGGUUAUUUUGAGAGUCGUCAGAGCAUUGCUUUAGUUUGGCUCAUUCUGGCUUAGAUAGACUCAAUCAAAUAAAAUUAGGAUUGGAAGAAAUAUAACGCAUUCACACUCAAAGUGAAAAAGCUGUGACAUGAUAUGUAAGCCUAUUAUUUUUUGUCAUAUUCCUAAAUAGUCCCCUCUAAUUUAAAAUCCCAAACAUUCAAUCACAGUUAUUUCUAAGGAAGUGUUCUCCCUUACGACAUAAAUAAUUAUACAGCCUUAUUAUUCAAUAUAAGGUUUUGCUCAUUUGUUACGCUCAUUAAAGUAGAUAAUGACUAUAAAUAAAUAAUAAAUAAAUUGGGAUAUAUGGGAUACAUAAUAUAGACAUAUAUAUAUAUAUAUUAUAUCCAUAUAAGGACUUCCAUGACACAUAUGGCAUGUGGUCCAGGAAUACAGUAUGCAGAGCAUUGUUUCUCAUGUGAUCGCUCCCUCUGCAGGUUAAACAGAUGCGUAACCUGAGGGUGUCCUAUGAUACAAACCAAUGCUACUGUAUGCAUUAGGGGUGUAACGGUACAAAAAAGUCACGGUUCGGUACGUUUCUUUUCCACAGCAACGGUGAUAGUAACACCUGGAUGGUGCCUUUUCAAAUGCGUGUGCAUGUUAAAGUGCUGUACGUAGACACGGAGAGCCCUCUCCGUAGCCGGAGAGCCUGUCGGAGACCCUCUCCGUAGCUUACGUGCGCACCCAAUAUUUCUUAACUAUCAGUCGACGCCAUGGACCUAUUGUUCAACGCAACGGAGACGGCAAGGGCUGUGAUUGGUCCUCGUACAAAAUCAUUUCCAGAAUCACUUCUCCGGUUUGACUUUGCACCUUAAUUACUUUGUACAUUGUUUACUUUGCACCUUAAGGACAAAAAUAAAACACCAAAUAAGAUUUGAAAAGAUUGGAAGUUUAUUUACAACACUGCUUAAAUGGUUUGUAGUCAACCUUUAAGAUCGAUUGGGCGGCGAAUUGCAUUGCGUAUCCGACAUCCCGACGGAGAGCUACUGAGGGGUCUCCGUAGUUACGGAGUCGGUUUACGGAGUCGGAGUAGUAUGCUUUGGCUAAACGGUCUGGGGGGAACUCCGACAUCAAGUUUUAAAUUCUGCAUCGCAAAACAAGCCUUUACAUUCGCCAUAUUAACGCUAUGUACGCCACAUUUACGCACCGCGGCCCACUUCUAUAACCGCUUCGGGGAGCCUGUACCGUGAUGGUUCGGCACAAAUAUGUGUGCCCCUAGUGUGCAUCCAUUCUGAUUGGCUGAUAGGGUCACCUGGACACCUGCUGAUGAGCGUUGAUGCGAUACACCUGUCCUCCACAAAUUGAUUAAAUGGAAGGGCCUGAGCAUGAGCCCGUGGUGUGUUUUUCAUCAAAGUCACCCCCCAGCUGCCGAAGUCGACUUUUUCAACAUACAUUUUUCUAGUAGUAGUUUUCUUUCUUUACUACUACUUAUAGUGGCACUCCGUCUCACUCCUACUCGUCCUCUGUACCACUUGUUGGAGUCAGCUAACAGCGUUCGCAACGCGGGCGAAAAGACAAGACCAUGUUCCUUCGUUUUUAAAUGUUUACUUAAAAGUCUUCAAACAAAAUACACGUCUUCAACGAUACAAACUACGGUCUUUCGCACGGUCAAAAAACUGUGUAGCUUCAAUCAAUGUUAGACUCCAAACUGAAUUACGUUACCAUCGUUACCAUUAUAACUAUACAGUGACGUUGUUACGUAAAAAUCCCAAAACAUAGAGAAUAACAUAUUUACCAUUUAUACCUCACUAAAUUAUUAACAGUUUUACACAUUAUGAAUUAACAUUAAAUUACUAUUAGCAUUUUUUAAUCAUUUUAAACUAAAUAUUUAUUAUAAAUCAAUUAUUGGCAUAUUGGCUCUUACAUUACCCGGCCCCUAAUUGGUUAGGCAGGUGGACUAAGCAAUUACAAACUAAAACAUCAAGAGCCAAAAUAAAACAAUGCCCAACUCAAACUGGUUUCUUGUGAUUCUUCCCUUUUUUAUGUUCUCUCUUUACGCUGCUUCUUCUAACAAACACAGUUUGUUAACAGGCCUCUCCAAGAUACUGGUCUUGGUCUUUAUCUUCACUCUUCGAACCGCUCUGCUCAAGUCCGGUAAGGUUUCAACCACUCUUCCCAUGAGCCAGGAGUUUCGAGGCGAAGAACUGUCCACUAACAACACAAUAUCUCCAGUAGAAAAGUUUCUUCGCGGUCUCGACCACUUCUGCCGCUCCUGGAGUAGUGGGAAGUACUCACGGGUCCAUCUGGUCCAGAACAAGUCUGCUAUAUAUCUAAAUCCAAAUGCAAAGAAAGUGGGAAAUCCUUUUCCAUGACAUCUUUAACCUUAUGUAUACAUUUUGAGUAUCGCUCAUCAUUUUCUCCAAUUAAUUUAUUUUACUUCUCUGUCAACCGUCCUGGAUCCGUUGUAUCCUCAAAAUAUCUAAGCCCCUUUUCCUUUUCAUCAGUCAUCUUAAUAUUGCAGAGUUAGGCUUUAGUUGCAUGCAAUGGUUUAAAAGCACUUAUCCUUCAAGUCCCUUUUCUUCAUAAGAACAAUGGCAAUACAACUUCUUAAAUGAAGCCCAAAUAAUCAACAUUGACUGUCUGGCUUAAAAUACGAGCUGACACGGAGAAUCAACAACUUUGCAUUUUUUUAUUUUUUUUAUGCAGUUCACCUUUAAUUUUGGCACGGGCUUAUCUCCCUGCAUAGGUGUGACGUCCUCUUGUGGGAAUGCACGAGGAUAAUAUCAACAGAUCACGUUACCUUUCUUUGGAGAACAUUUCAAAGGAUUAACCGUUUCUUGAAUAAGCUUCUUCAGAACCUCCUCGCCCCCUCCUCGCUCGCCCACACCAACCCUUUCCCCCCCCCCGCGGCGCGAUGGCGUUCUCCCCCUCCCAGCUGUACUACGCCUCCCCCUACACCUCCUCGUCCCUCGUCUCCCCCUUCUCCCUCAACCUCAGCUCCACCGCCACCCCCUCCGCCGCCCUCGCCCUCACCCCGGCGCCCCAGCGGGCCUCGGCCGCUCUGGGCGUGGCCAUCCUGGUGCUGGCCUUCGUGCUGGGUUUCCCCGGCAACCUGUUUGUGGUGUGGUCGGUGUGGUGGCGCGUGAAGAAGCGCUCCGUCACCUGCCUGCUGGUGAUGAACCUCGCGGCGGCCGACGCCCUGGUGCUGCUCAGCGCGCCCCUCUUCCUGCGCUACCUGCUGGGCGGCCGCGGCUGGGAGUUUGGCGCGGCGGCGUGCAAGCUGGUGCACUACCUGUCCAGCGUCAACAUGUACGUGUCCAUCUACUCCAUCGGCCUGAUGAGCGCCGACCGCUGCCUGGCCGUCACCCGGCCCUUCCUGGCGCACCGGCUGCGCACCAAGCGCAAGCUGCUCGGGCUGCUGCUCGGCCUGUGGGCGCUCAGCUUCCUGCUGUCCCUGCCCAUGCCCUUCUACCGCAGCAAGCAGCAGAUACCGAUCGGCGCCAACCGCUCGGUGCCCAUCUGCAACCAGGACCACGGGAACGGCGUGGAGCACCGGGUGUUCCAGUACCUGUUUGAGACGGUGAUGGGCUUCCUGGUGCCCUUCGCCUUCAUCGUCGGCUGCUACGGCGUGGUGGUGAACCGCCUGCGCACCGCCAUGUUCCAGAAGAAGGGCCAGAGCAGCCGUCUCAUCCUGCUCAUCGUGGGCGCCUUCGGCCUCUUCUGGCUGCCCUACCACGUCAUCAACGUCAUGGAGAUCUACGGCGUGCUCCAGGGCGACGAGGCGGUGGUGCGGGCCGCCGAACAGGGCCGGCCCACCCUCACGGCGUUCGCCUACUUCAGCAGCGCCGUCAACCCCAUCCUGUACGUGUUCGCCGGCAGCUCCCACAUCCGCGCGGCCGGCCUCAGCUUCAUGGGCCGGCUGUUCGAGGGCACCAACUCCGAGAGCCGAACCACCAGCACCACGAACCGCACCCGGUCCAGCCGCGGGGGGUCCACCGCGGUCGGCGUGAUGGCGGCGGCGGCGGCGGCGGCGGCGUUGGAGGAGGAGGGCUCCCCGCUGCGGGCGGUGUCGGCCGCGCCGGGACCUGCGGCCGGCGGCGGGAAGGGCGGGCGCCACCGCUCGGAGUUCAGCACCUUGGCCACCAUAGAUCAGUCGGAGUAG